AAUGGAAUUAGAAAAUAUUUUACAAGAAAUCAAUUAUUACGACGAUUUAGAUCAUUACGACGAUUUGUUAUGGCAAGAUGCGUAUCGUUUGCCAAAAGUUUAUAUCAGGGACGCCGAAAAUCCCUUUGAAAUGCGAGCGGAUCGGUUCCAGAAAAGAUACAGAUUCUGCCAAGAAUCUGUAUUGUUUAUAACAUCGUUACUGAGAAGUGACUUAGAAAAACAGGACAACAGAGGUCUACCGAUUGCUCCGGAAAUAGCAGUUUUAUUAACUCUGAGAUUUUAUGCUACAGCGUCAUUUCAGAUAGUCUGUGGAGACUUACUGCACAUAUCACAGCCUACCGCCUCAAAUAUUAUUACGAAGGUUUCAAAGUUGCUAGCUCAAUUGCAUACACACUACAUAAAGUUUCCCCGAGGAGCAGAGGCUAACAGAAACAGAGAAUUGUUUAAAGAGAUGGGUAGACAUGGAUAGUGGCCUGGACUUCCCGGGAUCGAUGGAGCUAUUGACUGUACCCAUGUUAAAAUUGUAUCAACACCAGGGUGCCAGCACCAUGAAGUCUUUAGAAAUAGGAAAUCAGAUUUUUCUAUUAAUGUCCAGGUUGUUGCAGGGCCCCGCAGGGAAAUAUUAGACAUAGUAGCCAGAUGGGCAGGCAGCAUGCACGAUUCUAGGAUAUUUCAAAUGUCAUCAGUUUACAUAAAAUACACGCAGGGUAUUUUAAAUGGAAGACUUGUCGGAGACAAUGGGUAUCCUACACUACCUUUUGUUCUCACACCUAUAAGACCUGCCCCCGAAGAUGCUCCCUCAGUACGGUACAAUAGAGCUCAAAUAAAAACCAGAAAUGUUGUGGAAAGAACAUUCGGCAUUUGGAAGCGGAGGUUUCCCUGUUUAUCUAGAGGCCUAGGUAACAAACUGUCAACUGUUUCUCAUAUAAUUGUAUCAUGUGCGGUAUUACACAACUUGUCAUUAAUUUUAAAUGAUGUCAUGGUUUUUGAUGAGAAUCAGAAUGAUGAACAAGAAGAAACAGAUAGUUUAAUACCAAGCACUAGCACUGGAUUUUUAAUUAGAAAUUCAAUUGUUGAAAAUUAUUACCAAUAAUCUUUAUGAG